AAAAGCCGAAGCUUGACAAGGCCCGCAGGAAGGUCAGUGUGAAACACAUAAUUUUAAAGAAAGUUUGACGGCAACAUUAACCAAGGAUCUGUGGCUUUACGAUAUUAUCCACGUUACACACCGGUAAAUCCGUUUGCCCUGAGUUCGUGGGGCUGGUAAAGAACCCCGCAUUGGUCGAUGGUGCAUCGAAGCCGUUGUGCACAGUCACGCGCUCAUCGCAAACCCAUUUACUCCGUCCGAAGUAGUCCACCGCUUCUGCGUUACGACAUAUCUACGAUUCAGUGAACUUGUUGCUUUGAAUGGCGACGAAACAUUCGUUCUGCCAUUACGGACGCUUUGUGUUACUUGUUGGUUUUCUAUGCUUAAACGUUCGACAGCCCGAAGUGGACGCAAGCGCCGUAUUGGACGUGUAUCUGAGAGCAGUCUCUUGGAAUUCAAUCCUCCCCAGCCAUAAAUUUCGUGUGAACGUGAUGGUCUUGGCUGACUCACCGGAAGACCUCCUGCAUACUUGGACAUUUGUGGCCCAUGGUACACACACUCCGAACGGAACACUCGUCAUUUUUACUGAGUUCCUUAACGAAACACACAAAAAUCCCGUUUUUGUCAAGACAAAUUACUCGAAAUUGGACACACCAAAGGCAAACAGUUUACGCCAGGUGAAACUGGACUUCUCACAACGGUUUGACUUCGUGUCGUUCUCUCCAAACUUAUUAAUGUCAUCGCGCCAUCGUGAUACGGAAGGUCGGCGAAUGGUCACCACAAAUCCUAAGAGGAAUUCUGCCCAUGCAGCAGGACUAUCUUCUGAUCGAGUUGCCCAUCGGCCACAGACGCUUUCUACCGGCGGCCGAAAGUACGAAAUGGCGUCUGAUUGGAAACCGAUGCGGCGUAGUCUAACAUCACACAACCCGGUGGAAUCAGACGCAUUCGAAGAGGAAUCGUACCCAGCACAGUUGCAGAGUGACAUUAAUCAAGAACUGACGGAUCUUCUCAGAUCGCAAAUUGCCCGCUUGUUAGAAGAAAACGAGAAAAUCUUGACUACAAUGGAUGAUUAUCGUGAACAAUUGACAAAUCUGCGUCGAGAACAGAAGGAGUCUAAUAUAGAUCCCUCGUCCGAAAUGAUGGCUCUACAGACAGCACUUGGCGAAUCACGUCUUCGUGAGGCCGAAUUGACAAUUGCUCUGGGAGAAUUGCAGGAUCGAAUUGCAGCCAUCGACCGCAUGAUUGAGAUGGAUCCUGAGAUGGAGUCUUUCUUUAAUGCGGUUACCAUAUCGACCACUGCACUUUCCAAAACGCAGCCAAUCCAGCGCACCUCUCAGAACCAGUCAGAACCAUGUAUGACUCGGGAGCAAGGUCACGUCAAAUCUGCCCACCGGAGCGCAACACAAGUAUAUAAAUCAGGGCAUCCAACUGGAACCACUUGCUCUGAUCGGCGAUCGUCCGCAAAGAUGGGCAAAUAUCCUUGUGCUCAGGUUGGCCGAUGCUCUUCUCAGGUUAGUGCAGACACGGAUACACCAGAACUCUCUCAUCGAUCAGGCCUCGAGUCACCCCAGAGUGACAGUGGCUGUAGUCUAAACAGUCACACUCCUUCAGAUGCCACGGAUCCGAUAAACAGUUUUGAUGAACCGGAGUCAAUGAAGACGAGGAACCAGGUAUACGCGAUCAAUGAUUCAUUAGAGAACGAGCCCUACUUAGAACAUGGAUUUGCCGAGGAUCGAGCAUUUCAAAACCCAUAUCCACGCAAAGUUGUGACUCUGCUUCGACGAAGCAGGAGUAGUGCCACCGAACAGGCACACACCUCGGGAUUUUACGGCGAAUUGAAUUCCCCUGUAUCGGCCCUAUCAAAAGAUAACAUCGCACUCUGUGACCGAAAUUUUGAUGACGCACCAACUCCAACGGAGGAUAGACAUACAUUAGAUCAUGUAGACAGCAUGGGGACAAUACAGUCUGAUAUUAAAUGGACUACUGGAGACAGAUUUAGUAAACUGCGCGCUUCUUUCAGAAGAUCGUUCGGUCUCGGACCAGCAAAGCCAGACUUCCGUAUCGAAGCAUUUGCUGCCAGACAAGGAGAAGCCCGCGCUCUGCUGUCUUUGAGAGAAACACGAAUGGAACUUUUGAGAGUUCAAUCAAGGUGCCAAACUCUACAACGACAUAUGGAACGGUUAGAAGCAAUAAACGUAUCAAGGAUGGAGGAACUGGAGGCUUCUGCGAUUGGAGAUCGAGAGCUACGCCAGGACAUACGGGAACUGCAGCGUCGAAUAUUUCAGUUGGAAGCCGAGGUGGGUAACAUGGAAUACAUUUUGAGUACGAAUAUUCUGAACGCUACGCCGAACAUCAUUCACUUAGAUGUGCCUUCCAUUAGACGUAAAAAAUCAUCAUCUGAUGUGAUUAUUUGA